AUGAGUUCUACAAUAGCAAAAAAAUUUAUUCCAUUAAUGGAUAGAAUUUUGAUAAGUAAAAUAGUUCCAAAAACUACAACAAAGUCAGGACUUUUUUUGCCGGAAAGUGCCACUGAACCAUCAUAUACAGGAAAAGUAUUAGCAGUAGGACCCGGUAGAAUAACAAGUAAUGGGAAUAAAAUACCUCCUAGUGUAAAAGAAGGUGAUGUUGUUGUUUUACCAGAAUAUGGUGGAUCUUCACUAAAAAUCGAUGGAGAAGAAUUUUUUGUAUAUAGAGAUGAUGAUAUAAUUGGUAUUUUAAAAGAAUAA